AUGUUCAAAUUUGACUUUCAGAUCGAGGACAUCGACGACGAUGAAACGAAUAUUUUGUCUGCGUCAACGCCUCAACCACAGGAGGACAAGCCUACGCUCGGAGAAAAUUCAUUCGAAGAACAUCUACUGAAGGAUCUUUUAAACCGCCUACCUUCCCGUAUAUCAUACUCGCCUCUACACGUCCCUCUGACGGGUGGGAGAUCUCUGACACUCGUCCGACGUGACCUCUUUGAUGCCCGAUUCCAGUUGAUAUCAGAAGGAACUGGCGAAGAAGCACCCGCGCUUGUAUAUCUAGAUGCCCCAUCCGACCUGGUGCCAGGCGUAUACGAGGGUGGGCUCAAGACCUGGGAGUGCAGCCUCGAUCUCGUACAGUACCUUGAUACUGCUUUGCCUGACGAGACAUACAGAGGAAGACGGAUUCUCGAGCUAGGCUGCGGUACGGCCGUUCCAUCGCUAUAUAUCCUACGAGAGCUCUUUUCUUCUACUCCAACUGCCCCCCAAAAAGGGGCCCACGUCCACUUCCAAGAUUUCAACCUCUCUGUGUUGGAAUUAGUCACGCUACCAAACAUUCUCUCAACCUGGUACGCAUCCCCAGCCUCCCUCACUUUCCGUUGUGAACAAGGCUCCGACGACGACCUUCCAACCCCAAUCGACCCCUCAACCCCCUCCGAGCUCUCCAUAACACCCGAGCUUAAAUCCGCCUUUCUCACCUCUCUCCUCGAUCACAACCUCUCUAUUCGCUUCUUCUCCGGAUCUUGGUCUGACUUUGACCACCACGGUAUAGGCGGGAAGUACGAUAUCAUAUUAACCUCCGAAACGAUCUACAGCACCAGCAGCCUUCCUUCCCUCGUCGAUACGAUGCAAUCUGCCUCUGCCACUGGCGGGGACAAGCCUCUGAACGCGCACACCUCACCUCAGCUGACAAUGUCCCAAAGCAUUGUACCUGCCAAGUAUCUGUGUCUCGUAGCGGCGAAGGUGUUGUACUUUGGAGUUGGAGGUGGGGCGUCAGAGUUUACAAAACUCAUCGAAACACCCGCGAAUACAACCGGCCGCUCACGGGGCAAAGUCGAGACAGUUUUGGAGCGAAAGGUUGGGGUAGGAAGAAAGGUUAUGAGUGUCCAGUGGGCGUAACAUACCCUAUAUACUCACCAGUUUGUCAACGGCCACCAUGUCUACCACAUCCGUUUACAACGAGCGCGAUUUCGAAGCG